CUCUUCCUCCUUGAGUCCACUCCACUCCUCUACAUAAGGACCUUGUCUUCCUCAAUUACCACCAACACCUCUCUCUCUUGCUCGGACACGAGGCGGACGUACAUAACUCUGUCACGCCGCUUGUGUGAGGACCGAGCUAGCGAGCUAGAGCCUAGAGGCACGCGCAGCCAAGCGAUGGGGAUGGAGAGACAGGAGAAGGGCAAGGCCAACCCCGCCGCCUUCAGCAUCGCCGAGGCCGGCUUCGGCGACCGGACGGACAUCGACGACGACGGCCGCGAGAGGCGCACCGGCACGCUGGUAACGGCGAGUGCCCACAUCAUCACAGCGGUGAUCGGUUCCGGCGUGCUGUCCCUGGCCUGGGCCAUCGCGCAGCUCGGGUGGGUGAUCGGCCCCGCCGUGCUCGUCGCCUUCUCUGUCAUCACCUGGUUCUGCUCCAGCCUACUCGCCGACUGUUACCGCUCCCCGGAUCCCGUCCAUGGCAAGCGCAACUACACCUACGGCCAAGCCGUCAGGGCCAACCUAGGAGUUGGCAAGUACAGGCUCUGCGCUCUGGCCCAGUACAUCAACCUGGUUGGCGUGACCAUCGGCUACACCAUCACCACGGCCAUCAGCAUGGGAGCAAUCGGACGGUCCAACUGCUUCCACCACAACGGCCAUGAUGCGGCAUGUAAGGCGUCCAACACCACCAACAUGAUCAUCUUUGCGGCCAUCCAGAUUUUGCUCUCGCAGCUCCCCAACUUUCACAAGAUCUGGUGGCUCUCCAUCGUUGCCGCCGUCAUGUCCCUCGCCUACUCGACCAUUGGUCUCGGCCUCUCCAUAGCAAGGAUAGUAGGUGGGGUGCAUGCCAAGACAACGCUAACAGGGGUGACUGUUGGGGUGGAUGUAUCUGCGAUUGAGAAAAUUUGGAGGACGUUCCAGUCUCUUGGUGACAUCGCCUUUGCAUACUCCUACUCCAAUGUCCUAAUCGAAAUUCAGGACACGCUGCGGUCGAGCCCGGCGGAGAACACGGUGAUGAAGAAGGCGUCCUUGAUCGGCGUGUCGACGACGACGACGUUCUACAUGCUGUGCGGCGUGCUGGGCUACGCUGCGUUCGGCAGCAGCGCUCCGGGCAACUUCCUCACGGGCUUCGGCUUCUACGAGCCCUUCUGGCUCGUCGACGUGGGCAACGUCUGCAUCGUCGUGCACCUCGUCGGCGCUUACCAGGUCUUCUGCCAGCCGAUCUACCAGUUCGUCGAGACCUGGGCGCGCUCCCGGUGGCCCGACGCCGCGUUCAUCCACGCCGAGCGCGCAGUGCCCCUUCCGGCAAUCCUCGGCGGCGGCGAGUUCCCCAUCAAUCCGUUCCGGCUGGUCUGGCGCACGUCGUACGUGAUCCUGACGGCGGUGGUGGCCAUGCUCUUCCCUUUCUUCAACGACUUUUUGGGGCUCAUCGGCGCCGUGUCGUUCUGGCCGCUCACCGUGUACUUCCCCGUGGAGAUGUACAUGGCGCAGGCCAAGGUUCGGCGGUUCUCGCCGACGUGGACGUGGAUGAACGUGCUCAGCGUCGCGUGCCUCGUUGUCUCCGUCCUCGCAGCCGCCGGCUCCGUGCAGGGGCUCAUCAAGGACGUCGCCGGCUACAAGCCAUUCAAGGUUUCCUAAAAAUCCAAUCAGGGGAUGGAUGCAGGAAAAGAGCAUGAUGCAUACUAUAGGUGAAGGGUCCAGGUUAAUUCGAGUGUCAAGUGUUAAUCUAAGUAUUAAACCAAGAUUGAUUAGUAUUUAUAUUAGUAUAUGGUUUGAGUUUGAACUUUAAGAAGUGAAUAUAAUUAUGUUGUAGUAGAAGCUUAGGGCAUAUGGGCAACAAUAAUUAUGUUGUAGUAGAAGUUAACAACUCAGUUGACUUCAUGUUAACUGUUAGGGUAAACAAAUGCAGCUACUCUUUGCUAUCCAUAUUAAUUAUCAUGGAUUCAGUACAACUUUAUGUUAAACGAACGACAUCAAA